AUGGGCCGCGGCGCCUUCCCACUGCUCCCGCUCCUCCUCUCCCUCGCAGCCGCUGCCACCACCGCGGCGGCAUUGGCGCCGAAGCAGCAGAGCCCGCCCGCAUUGUCGUCCCCAUCCGCCACCGCCGGCGGCUCGGGCGUGAGCUCCAACUCGGUCCUGGUGGCGCUGCUGGACUCGCGCUACACGGAGCUGUCGGAGCUAGUAGAGAAGGCGCUGCUGCUGCAGCCGCUGGAGGCCGCGGUGGGGCGUGGCACCAACGUCACCAUCCUGGCGCCCCGGAACGAGGCCCUGGAGCAGGACCUGGACCCGGAGUUCCGGCGCUUCCUGCUGGAGCCCCGCAACCUGCGGUCCCUCCAGUCCCUGCUCCUCUUCCACGUCCUCCCGGCCCGCCUCCACGCCGCCUCCCUCCUCCUCUCCCCACGCUCCCACCCCCGCCACCACCCCACGCUCGCUGGCGAGCCGCUGGAGCUCGCCGCCGUUUCGCGCGCCGUGACGCGCCCCGACGCGGUGGUGCGUGCGGACGGCGUCAUCCACGGCGUGGACCGCCUCCUGGUCCCGCGCUCCGUGCAGGACGCCUUCAACCGCCGCCGCAGCCUGGCGUCCAUCUCCGCCGCGCUCCCGACGGGCGCCCCCGAGGUGGACCCGCGCACGCACCGCCUCCUGAGGAAACCCAGCCCCGGACCCGCCCCGCCGGCGCUCCCCGUCUGGGACGCGAUGGCGCCGGGCCCGGCCAUCGCGCCGGCGCCGGCGCCGGGUCCAGGCUCCGGAACUCACCGCUUCGACGGGCAUGGGCAGGUGAAGGACUUCAUCCAGACCCUGCUCCUCUACGGCGGGUACAACGAGCUGGCCGACAUCCUCGUGAACCUCACCUCGCUCGCCACCGAGAUGGGUCGCCUCGUCUCCGAGGGCUACGUCCUCACCGUGCUCGCCCCCAACGACGAGGCCAUGGCGCGCCUCACCACGGACCAGCUCAGCGAGCCGGGGUCGCCGGAGGACAUCCUCUACUACCACGUGAUCCCGGAGUACCAGACCGAGGAGUCCAUGUACAACGCCGUACGCCGCUUCGGCAAGGUGCGCUACGACACGCUGCGGCUGCCGCACAAGGUGGUGGCGAGGGAGGCCGACGGCUCCGUCAAGUUCGGCGCUGGCGAGGGGAGCGCCUACCUCUUUGAUCCGGAUAUCUACACCGAUGGCAGGAUCUCCGUGCAGGGCAUCGACGCGGUGCUGUUCCCGCCGGCCGAGGACGGGCAGAAGCGCCCCGCCGCGGCUCCCGCCAGGAAGGCGCCCGCCGUGAUUGGCGCCACCGCCAAGCCCAAGCUCCGACGAGGUCAGUACUCCUGA